AUGAAAUCAACAUCACUCUUUGGACUAUUAAUAAUAGUAGUUAUUGGCUGUUUGACAACUUUUACAAGUGCAUUUAAUUUUGUUGAUCCUUUGGAACAAGACAAUACAGCAAUUCUUGAAACAAUCUAUGGUUCAGUUCAAGGUUUAGUUUAUGAUAACUAUGCUGCUUUUUUAGGUAUUCCAUUCGCUGCACCACCAGUUGGACCUGCGAGAUGGCAAUCACCAAUCGAUCCAAAAUCAUGGGCUCCAAAUGUUUUAGAUGCUAGAAAUUUCCAAGCAGGAUGUCCACAAAUGUGUGAAUUGCCACCUGGAACAUGUCCCAAUGUAACAAGUGAGGAUUGUUUGUAUUUAAAUGUAUUUGUACCAUUGUCUGUUAUUCAAAAUACCACCUCUUCUUUGAGACCAGUUAUGGCUUUUCUUCCAGGAGGUAGAUUCGAACAAGGAUCAGCUGCUUCAACACUUUAUAUUGGCGAUACUAUGGUAUCAUCGGCUGAAGCCAUUGUUGUAACGAUCAACUAUCGUUUGGGUGCAUUGGGUUUCUUGCUUACCGAUGAUUUUACUGGAAACUUUGGAUUCCAAGAUCAACGUCAAGCAUUGUAUUGGAUCCAAAACAAUGCCAAGUUCUUUGGUGGCGAUGCCAAUCAAGUUACUUUGGUUGGUCAGAGUGCCGGUGCCACAUCGAUUGCCACUCACAUUACCUCUCCACUCUCCUUUGGACUGUUCCAUCGUGUCAUUGUCGAGAGUGAUCCAUGGACAUUGGGACUAAAGACACAAGAGAUUGCCCAACAAUACUCUUUACUCUUUGCCAAUGCCGUUGGAUGUAGUUUCAAAAAUGCCGAUUGUUUGCUUGCACUUACAGUCGACCAAGUGUUGCUUGGCCAACAAAAGGCACAACAAAGUCUCGACCCACUCAUUCCACUUGCAUCGUUCCUCCCCUGGACACCAACUAUUGACGGCGACGAUAUUAUCGACCAGCCACUCAACCUCAUCAAGGCUGGCAAGUUCUACCAAGUUCCAAUGAUCGUUGGCAGUGUCUCUGAAGAAGCACUCAUCUUUAUCUACCAAGCAGCCGCCAAGAACGUAUCGGCUCUCCAAUACGAGGAGGCAUUAGGUCUCAUCUUUUUAAACCAUGCUCCAUUCAUCAACGACCGUUACCCACCCAUCGUCGGUGCAGACAACCGUCCCGUCCUAUCAACCCUCGGCACAGACUAUAUCUUUGUGUGUCCAGUGCGUAACACCUCACGUUACAUUGCCGACAUUCAAGCCAGUAACAAUGUUCCAAUCUACAACUACCAAUUCCAACAUGUGACCGGUGCCGAUUUCUGGGGACCCAAUUUCCCAGAUUGCGUAGGUCAUGUUUGCCAUGGAAGUGAACUCUUGUACGUCUGGAAUAGUGCUGCUCGUGGAGGUGUACCCCUCACCGAUGGUGAACAACAACUAUCGAUAAACAUGAACAACUAUUGGAUGAAUUUCGUCGUCAAUGGCGAUCCAAACGUUGGUCUCCCGGUUCCAGUCGAAUGGCCAACCUACAACACAACGACCGAUGAAACUAUGAUUUUCCAAACACCUCCAUUUGUUCAAUCCGGUUUACUCAAAUCACAAUGUGAUUAUCUUGAUGAAAUGGGUUAUGAUAAUCCAAGAUAA